UUAUAUUGGUUGAUCGGAGACGAGCUAUCUCUUAUAUAUGGUGAUAUAAAUGUUUCAUAAAGAAACAAAACAAACUAUAAUGGGCAAGUCCCGACUGUCUAUCGUUACACUUUGUGAUCCACCAUAUCUCAAGUACUUGUGGUUGUGAACUAUUUUCAAAUGAAAUGAUCCUGACGAUCAUGUAUGAAGAAAAUCUAAAGAUCAUGCAUCAAAUUGACAAUCUAGAAGAUUGUUCACUAACUCACUCCCGACAACAAUUUUUCUAAAAGUUGUUCGUGAAAUUUGAGUUCAACGACUCAAUAAUCUGAGGUGAUGUGGUCAUGAGGGGGAGCAUAUACGCACUGCACUCUUUUUCCCUUAACCAUGGUUUUUUCCCAAUGGGUUUUCCUGGUAAGGUUUUUAAUGAGGCAGUAUGAUAUUGCGUAAUGCAAUCUAGUGGUCAUCCAAGGGGGAGUAUUAUGUAAAUAUUGAUGUAUGGAUGACCAAUGACCUACCACAUUAGAUGCUCACUUGGGAGUUACAUAUAACCUCUAUUUCUACAUUAUUAUCUCUCAUUCAUAUGCAUUGAUAUAAGGAUGUAGUGGUUACCAAAGUGUGCCUAUAAAUAUAGCACACCAUUGUAUCAAAAGAGAAGAAUGAAUAAGAAGAACUCUUCCCCUCUCUUCUCUUGUGUCUUUUCCUCUCUAAUCUUCUCUUGUAGUUGUUUAUAUUUUCAUUAGUUUCAUAACAGUAGUGACAUUAUAAAUGAAAUGAAUUAAAGUGAUUAUUUAACUACAAGCAAAUUUAAAUUUGACCGACCAUAAAUCACAUGAACCCUAAUAACAUCAACCAACUGGGCCGAAAAAUUGUUCUUCAGCUUUAUCCAUUGAUUUUCAUAAUUUAUAAACUACACAAUAAAGCUAAAAAUAUUAUUGAGAUAUUGGUUUGUAGAAAUAUCUAUCUUUAUUAUCUUAAAAAGACAACAGCGUUUUUCCACCGGCGGGAGUGGCUCCGUCCUCCAAGUUCAGGGUACUUACUGCCAGCUGAUUCGACGAGUCACUUCGCCGGAGCGACAGCUGAAGAAUUAGGGUUCUUCUUAGUUUCAUCAAGAUUGUAAGUUUCAGCUCGAUGAUCCCAUUCUCUCGUAGAAUAUGGCGGGAAAGGAGAUCGGUAGGAUUCUGGCGGGAGUCUCCCAAUUGCCAGGUUUCUAAAAGCUUUUAUACGCCUUCCAGCCAUGUCAGUAUUUGGUAAUGAAGUAAAUGUAGUUGAACAGACGAUUGCGAUUUAGAAGAGUGUUCACAUUUCGAAAUGGCUCUCUCACCGUUUGCGUAACGGUAAAGACAUUAUCUUGAAACCCAAUUGGUCAAACAACGAAAGGGAAAUGAAUGGCCAGAUCAAUUUUGGGCGUGGUUUCGACUUUUUGUCGCCAUUGAUGCUGAACCUCGACGUGGCUUUUCAACCGUUGUCUAUAGCCUACGGGGAAGGGAAGAGAUAAGAAAUUUCGCUAGAGUCUAAAUAUCAUGGCAGAGGGGGAUAUUUCAUCUUACUACGCUUGCCGCUAUGGUGGACUUUCCUUUUCCCACCAUUUUUGCUCUGCUCGGGAAGAUGAGAAGUGGUGCUGGAGCUACACUGCUCAUGGGGGCUUCCAGGCUUGCCCUGCUGGCUCUGUUUCUUCUUUUCCAAGGUACAAGCUUUGCUUUCAAUGACACAAUACAUGCUAAUGGGUCAAUCAAGGACGGUAGCUUUGUCAUCUCCGAAGGUGGUACGUUCGCUUUGGGGUUUUUCAGCCCUGGUCGAUCGAGGUACAGAUAUCUAGGGAUUUGGUAUCAUAACAAGCCAGGAAAAGCUCCUGUGUGGGUAGCAAACAGGAACAAUCCCAUCAACGGCACUUCAGGAGUUCUAUCAUGCGACGGAUAUGGUAACCUUCUUCUCUACAGCAGCUUAGAUCAAGAGCGCCCAGUGUGGUCUGCAAAUGUUUCGAGGGAUAAAUUUCCUGAGGGGCCAUGUGUAGCUCGGUUGUUAGAUUCCGGAAAUUUAGUUUUGGUCCACCCUACAAGUAGUAGAACUAUAUUUUGGCAAAGCUUUGAUCAUCCUACGGACACCUUAUUAGCUGGCAUGAAGCUGGGUCUGGAUAAGGAAACUGGUUUAAACCGUUUCCUGACUUCAUGGAGAUCACCAGAUGACCCUGGAACAGGUGAUUUCUCACUUAAGGUAAACCCAAAUGGCGCUCCGCAACUCUUUCUGUAUCGUGGUACGGUUCCCCAUUGGCGGAGCAUUCCAUGGGCCUGGCGGAUAUACCAUCAGUUUUUUGACGAAUCUUAUGUUAUUAAUGAACAAGAGAUACAUAUCUCAUUUCGCGCUCGGGAUCCUUCUUCUAUCCUGUUUCCUACUAUGGACAAUUCAGGAACGAUGGGGGCGGCGAUGUGGGACGAAGUUGAUGGCCGGUGGAAAGAGUUUUAUACGGUAACCCAUCAAAAAUGUGAUGUCUAUGGUUAUUGUGGUGCUUAUGGAAAGUGUGAACCAAGCAACCCUUUUCUUUCUGAAUGUGUUUGUUUACCUGGCUAUGAACCUAAGUCCAGAAGUAAGUUGCUUCUAGGAAAUGCAUUUGGUGGGUGUGUCCGUAAGCGAUCAGAAUCCUCGUCUUUCUGCAGCCCUGGAGAAGGGUUUGUGAGAGUUGAAAAUGUGAAGGUUCCUGAUACUUCAGCAGCCGUGUGGGUGGACUUUGGAAUGAAUGAAGUGAACUGUGAGCACGAAUGUAGAAAGAAUUGCUCAUGCUGUGCAUAUGCUAUGACUAAUAUCACCGACAAAGGGACUGGUUGUUUGACAUGGCAUGGAGAACUAAUAGAUACAGCAAACAUGCCAGCCCUUGAUCAUGCAAUCUAUGUUCGUGUCGAUGCACUUGAACUAGCCGACUAUGCACUGCAAUCUAGUGGCUUUGGUGAACUUAGGUUGAAGUUAGACGUUCUCAUACCAUCUGUUGCUUCUGUUUGGCUUGUUGGCAUCUUGUUUGCCUAUUUGUGGCUUAAGAGGCUGAAGAAGUGGAGGAAGAGCAAAGCAAAUGAAAGGCGGAUCAGAAACAUAUUUCAUCCAGGUGCAGAUGGGUCAAAUUACUUCCAAGAUUCUUUGCUUACCAAGGAGAUCGAGCGGAGUGAAAUUUACCCAGAACUACCCUUGUUCAACCUUAGCACGAUACUAGCUGCUACCAACAAUUUUUCCCCUGAUAACAAACUUGGCCAAGGGGGUUUUGGCUCAGUGUACAAGGGUCAAUUUUCUUCUGGAUUAGAGGUUGCUGUAAAAAGAUCACCAAACAAUUCAAGGCAGGGGCUGGAACAGUUUAAAAGUGAAGUCUUUUCUAUUGCAAAACUGCAGCACAGAAACCUUGUAAAGCUCCAUGGUUGCUGCAUUGAGGAACAAGAGCAAAUGUUGGUUUAUGAGUACUUGCCCUACAAGAGUUUGGACUCUCUUCUUUUCGUUGAUCGGAGUAGAAGCUCUUUCUUAGACUGGGGGAAAAGAUUUAAUAUUGUAGUCGGGGUGGCACGCGGGAUCUUAUAUCUUCAUCAGGACUCGAGGUGCAGAAUAAUCCACAGAGACCUGAAAACUAGCAAUGUUUUGCUAGAUGCAGAGCUGAACCCCAAAAUUUCCGACUUUGGAAUGGCUAGAGUAUUGGAAGGUGACCAAGUUGAAGGGAAGACGAGCAGAAUUGGCGGAACUUAUGGUUACAUGUCACCAGAGUAUGCAUACCUAGGGAGGUUCUCGGUGAAGUCGGACGUCUUCAGUUUUGGAGUGAUGUUACUGGAAAUUGUGACCGGGGUGAAGAUCACUGGGUUUUGUAAGGAGGAUCCUCCCUUGAACUUGAUUGGCUACGUAUGGGACUUAUGGAAAGAAGAGAGAGUCAUGGAGGUAGUUGAUCCAUCGUUGAAAGUGUCAACUGGUGCCCUGAGAUGCCUCCACAUCGGGCUUCUGUGCCUCGAGGAAGAUCCUGUUGACAGACCUGAUAUGCAGGCAGUGGUUGUCAUGUUGAACAGCGAAAUGACACCUCUUCCUCUGCCAAAACGUCCUGCAUUCAUUUAUGGGAUGUCCAGAGUUGAAGCAACUGCGGCAGAGUGCUCAAGGAACGAGAUUACUUUUUCCAACACCCUUGGUCGCUGAUGUCUGGGACAACACACUAAUGUAUAGUCUUUCUAACCACUUGCAUCUGACAAAUGCAGCAUGUUAAUCCACUGCAAACGGGAAUUAAACUCCACUAGAUUUAAUCUUUCGUUGUUUCCCAGUAGCCAAGCCAUCGAGUAUAGAUUCGUAAUGUAAGGCUUUCCUUCUAUAGUGACCCAUUUACGCUUGACCAAUUUGCCAAGUUUCAGCUCGCCAAACCUGUUCUUGUGGAGAAUAUGGCAGGAAAGAGAAGAUCGCAAAGAGUUCGGCGGGAAGAAGCCCUCGCCAGCUGGUAAGCUAUGUUACGCUUGCCAUCUAGUGGUGUUGGUGAGCUUAAGUUGAAGCUAGUCGUGCUCAUACCAUCUGUUGCUUCAGUUUGGCUUGUCGGCGUCUUGUUUGCCUACUGGUGGAUCAAAAGGAUUAAGAAGUGGAGGAAGAGAAAAGGUAUACAUCUAACUUUAACUUGUGUUUCUACAUUCUAUUAUUCCAACAGUUGAAAAACACCUUUGCUGCUUAUUCUGCGACGACAGCAAAUGAGAAGCGGAUUAGGAACUUUUUUCAAUCGGGUGAAGAUGGUUCAAAAUACUUUCUAUAUUCUUCAGUGAUUAAGGAGACCAAACGAAGUAAAAUUUACCCAGAACUCACAUUUUUUAGCCUUAGCACGAUUCGAGCUGCUACAAACAAAUUUUCCCAUGAUAAAAAACUGGGACAAGGGGGGUUUCGUUCAGUAUACAAGGUGAAAUGUCCACAUAACAAUAUGCAAUAUCUGAAAGACUGGAUUGUGCCGCACUCUUGCACUUAAAUUCUCCUCUUUGUGAUUUCAGGGGAAAUUAAAUCCUGGAGAAGAGGUUGCUGUAAAAUGAUCACCAAAGAAUUCAAGCAGGGGCUAGAAGAAUUUAAAAGUGAAGUAUUUUUUAUUGCGAAAUUACAGCACAGGAACCUUGUGAAGCUCCAUGGAUUGCUGUAUUGAGGAACAAGAGCAGAUGUUGGUUUAUGAGUACUUGCCCUUCAAGAGUUUGGACUCUCUUCUUUUCAGUAAGUCGCCAUCGUAUCAUGGAAUGCAAGAAAGCAAGUUGGAUGAAUCCUAAAUUUUGUUUUCUGGAUCAUGUAGUUGAUAGGACUAGGAGCCCUCUCUUGGACUGGAGCAAACGAUUUAAUGUUGCAGUUGGGGUUGCACGGGGUAUCUUGUAUCUUCAUCAGGACUAAAGAUGCAGAAUAAUCCACGGAGACCUGAAAACCAGCAAUGUUCUUCUUGAUGCAGAGCCGAUGCCAAAAAUUUCCGAUUUUGGAAUGGCUAAAGUAUUGGAAGGUGGCCAAGUUCAAGGGAAGACGAAUAGAAUUGGCGGAACUUAGUAUGUUGUGUUUUUCUAGAGAAAAUGUUUUCAGGUAUGGGAGUUAUGGAAAGAAGAGAGAGUCGUUGAGGUAGUUGAUCCGUCGUUGGAAGUGUCAAAUGGCGCCCUGAGAUGCAUCCACAUCGGUCUGCUGUGCCUCGAGGAAGAUCCUGUUGACAGACCUGAUAUGCAGGCAGUGGUUGUCAUGUUGAACAGCGAAAUGACUCCUAUUAUUCCCCUGCCAAAACAUGCUGCAUUUGUUUAUGGGAAGUCCAGAGUUAGAACAACUGCGGCAGAGUGCUCGAGGAACGAGAUGACCUUUUCCGAUGCCCUUGAUCGCUGAUACCUGGGACAACACACUAAUGUAUAGUCUUUCUGCAUGUUAAUCCGCUGCAAACGGGAAUUGAACUCUAUGAGAUCUUAUCUUUCAUUGUUCCCCAAGAGCUAAGUGGCCGACCCAUCGACUAUUGAUUCGUAAUGAAAGGCUUUACUUUUG